GUCGGAAGACAGGGAAGAAGUUUUCAAACAAAGUUCAUUAAUUAAACGGCACGAUGGGACGAAUCGUGGAAUAUCUCGUUUUGGCUUUAACGGUAUUCAGUCCCAGUGAAGGGACGAAUAUCCUUUGCUUGAUGUCGGUGGCAAGUUACAGCCACCACAUUUGGAACCGUGUGCUGAUGGAGGCGUUGGCUGCAAAGGGGUACAAUCUUACAAUCGUGUCGGCGGAUGUGGAAAAGGUACAGAAGGUGAACUUGACUUACAUUCACUUAGAAGAAACGUACCAAGCAGUGCACGAAGGAGAUUCCGCCAUUGAUUUGUUCGAAAUGGCCCAGGAAGGCUUGGUGAAAAGUAUGCUGACUUUUUACGACUAUGGAAUGGCAUCGUGUGGAGGAUCGUUGAGAUCGAAGGGAUUGAAGCAGAUCCUGAGCUAUCCGAACGACUUCAAGUUCGAUUUGGUGCUGUAUGAUUUCACUUUUGGUCCUUGCAUUUUGGGGUUGUUUCACAAGUUCGGACAACCACCACUAGUUGGAGUAUCAGCGUUUAACAAUCCUCCUUACACUGACGAUCUGAUCGGUGGACACAAGUAUCCGGCGUACAUCCCAUACUAUACACUCAACUAUGGUAGUGAUAUGACAUUUUUGCAAAGAUUGGAAAAUGCGUUCAUCUAUGCAGCGGAUUACUUCUAUCGUACCUUCGUUUACCUUCCGGCAUUAGACAAUCAAAUCCGCCAGAUUCCUGCCUUUAACAAAAUACCUUAUAUCGGAAGUUUACAAGAGAAAACAAUGCUCGUGAUGGUCAAUUCCCACCAUUCAGUUGACUUCCCAGAGCCGAUACCCCAGAACAUGGUUAUGGUUGGUGGGCUGCAGAUCAUGGAGCCGAAACCAUUACCCGAGCACAUCAAAAAGUUUAUCGAUUCCGGAUGCAAGGGAGCAAUUCUGUUUUCUUUGGGCACCAACGUCCGGAGUUCAGACCUCAGCGAUGAGCGGAUUUCCAUGUUUUUGGAAGCAAUUCGACAGUUUCCGGAGUACAAUUUCCUGUGGAAGUUUGAAACAGAUCUGAAGAAUCAUCGUGUGCCAAACAAUUUAAUGAUUAAAAAGUUUUUACCACAGAACGAUAUUUUGGCUCAACCGAAGAUUAAACUAUUUAUCUCGCACUCGGGUUUGCUGAGCACGCAUGAGGCCUCCUGGCAUGGAGUUCCCAUGGUUGGAAUUCCUUUCUUUGCGGAUCAGUACCGCAACCUCGAAAAAUCCCUCCAGGCUGGGGUCGCCGAACGGUUGGUCAUUUGGACAGUGAGCACUGACAAGAUUGUGGCCACUAUUCGGAAGGUUCUCGAAGACGAUGGUUAUCGAGUACGAAUGAAGGCGAGAUCGGCUCUGUUUCGUGAUCAACCGGAAAGACCUCUCGAACGAGCUCUCUGGUGGAUCGAUUGGUGUUUAAGGCACUCAAAUGCGGAAACCAUCCGGUCGCCAACAGUCCGUCUGGGCCCGUGGAAAAGUGAACUGUACGAUGUGAAAUUGCUCGUAGUAUUAGUGGCACUGUUGGUGUCCUCGAAAGAAAACAAAGCAGCAGCGGAUCAGAAUUCGAACAUCUCGCAGCAGCUCGAGGAGAUCAACGCUAAGCUGGCCAAGCUAGACUCGUUGGAGAAACUUAACAAGGAUCUCCUGACGAAGUUGCUGAAGCUGUCUCAGCGCGUUGACGCCGUCACGGUGGAAAACCGGAACAGCCCAAGCAACAUCUGGAAGCCUUCACCAAGGUUUGCAAGCUGGUUGGCUUCGAGGAAUCCAAGGACGCUAGUUUUCAAGCAAAACAAGCGGACUGACGCUGUCCUGGUCAAGUUCUGGCGGGUUCAGGACAAGCAAAGGUUCAUCGGCUGCGUGCGUGCUCUCAAGAGGCCUGUAACUCCGGCGGAGCUCAACAUCCGAUCACAGAACAAAUUUGUUCUGGUUCAAGACCAUCUGACACCGGAGAAGCUGGAGUUGCAUCGGCAAACCUGGGAGCUUUGUAUGCUGGGACUUCAACGCCCCUGGAUUUAAAACGGCUCAACUUGGACCACUCAUCCCGAGACGAACAAGCGCUUCCAGUAGACGGGACGGAAGGACCCUGCACUUAGUACAGAGAUAGUUAGUGUGGCGUUCGGUGCCAAUAUUCUAUGCCUGUUUGGAGUGGCCAGCCCGAGUCAUCACAUUUGGAAUCGUGCAAUUGUCGAUGCGUUGGCGGCCAAAGGUCACAAUCUAACGAUUGUAUCGCCCGAUGUAGAGAAGAAUACCGUGGAAAAUAUUCACUAUAUUGAGCUGGAAGAAACGUACCCGGAAUUGUACAGUGGACCACACAAUGUAGAUUUGAUGGAGAUGGCAAACGAGAACGUCUUCAAAUCGGUGAUUUCAUUCUAUCGAGAUUUUGUGAUAACGGAAUGCCAAGGAAUUCUUAAAUCCAAAGGUUUAGCCCUAAUCAAAAACUACCCCGAUGAUUAUAAGUUUGAUCUUGUGCUCUACGACAUGACCUGUGGAGGCUGUAUGCAUGGGUUACUGCACAAAUUCAAGUAUCCUCCGCUGGUCAGUGUUACGCCCUUCAACAAUCCACCGUAUGUGACGGAAGUGAUCGGCGGUCACAAGUUCUACGCGUACACUCCAUUCUUCUCACUGGGCUACGGAUCAGAUAUGACGUUCUUUGAACGCGUCCAUAACACGUUGUUAUACACUGUAGACUUCAUAUACCGCAACUAUUAUUCGAACCCGGUUCUGGACAAAAUGGUCCGCGAAUACUUCCAGUACGACGACCUACCCUACGUUCCAGACUUGGACCGUCUCUCAAGGGUUCUUCUCGUAAAUGCGCACUAUUCAAUAGACUUCCCGGAACCGGCGCCGCCGAAUCUCAUACCAGUAGGUGGACUUCAAAUCAAGGAAGCAAAACCAGUUCCGGAUGAUUUGGAGAAGUUCAUCAACGCGGGAAGAAAGGGAGCGGUGCUGUUUUCACUUGGGACGAACAUUCGUAGUGAUGAGUUGGGGAAGGAACGUCAGAUCUUGUUGAUCGAAGCCAUGCGACAGCUAACGGAUUAUAACUUUUUGUGGAAAUUUGAGUCCGACUUGGAUUUGAAACUGCCGAAAAAUGUGAUGAUCAGGAAGUGGAUGCCCCAGAAUGACAUUUUGGCUCAUCCGAAAGUGAAAGGAUUCAUCACACAUGCGGGCCUAUUAAGCAUGCACGAGGCGUCCUGGCAUGGAGUGCCGAUGAUUGGGAUUCCGUUUAUCGCCGAUCAGCAUCGGAACAUCCAAAAGUGCAUCCGCAUGGGCGUCGCCGAGCGAGUAGUCUUCCAAACACUCUCCAUGGAGCAGGUUCGCGAUACGGUCCGUAAGGUGCUAGAAACACCCAGCUAUCGCAAGAACAUGGACCGCAUUUCAGUCCUGUUCCGGGACCAGCCGGAAAAGCCACUGGCGCGCGCCGUUUGGUGGGUCGAAUGGGCGCUGCGCCAUCCGGACGUUGAAUCUAUGCAGUCGCCGGUGCUCAAGCUGGGAUUCUUGCGAAGCAAUCUUGUAGAUGUGAUUGCAUUCUUGGUGUUGCUUCCAUGCGUGUUGAUCUUGGUGGUCCGGAAAUUGGUUUGCAAGGGACGUCGUGUCGAUCGCAGCAAGAAAAAUAACUAGUUGUGGGCUAUGA